AUGGAGAACUUUACAAUGGGUGUUGUGUCGGUAUACUUCUCCCCUGCGGAAAACUUGAAUUUACAUUUGACAAGACUUGAAGACGUUUUGAACAAGUAUACAUUUUAUUUUAUUGCUGGAGAUUUUAAUUCGAAACAUUUUAAUUGGGGUUCUAGGACUGUGGAUGAUAGGGGUGUUUUAACCAUGGAUUUUUUAAUACAGAAUAAUAUUAUUUUAUAUAAUCAAUCAGACUCAUUACCAACUUUUGUUUCCGCAGUAGGGGAAGGUUGGACAGACUUGAUUCUCAGUUCUGCCUCUCUCUCCCCGUUUCGUAUUGAACUCAAGAUACAUGAAGAGGAGAGUCUUAGCGACCAUAGAUAUGUUGCUGUUGAUAUUGAAGAUGUUCAACCUGUGAGACAUGAGAGUACUGUUUUUACAAAAAAUCUUGUUAGAAUAAAUAAAUUUUGUAAAAAACUUAAACUGGAUAUGGAAUUAAUGACGGAUAGACUGAGAUCAAUAGAUGAUGAAAAUAAUUUGGAGAAUUUUGUGGAUGACUUUGAAAGGUUGAUUGUCCAGAGGGCUAAGAGGUACCUGACUAUACGUGGAAAUAAGGUCAAGAAAAAACUUGGUCAGGAAUACGAGUUUGCAAAAAAUGAAGCGACGGACGAGAGCAUUGAGAAAGAGUUUUCAGUUCAGAGAUAUUGA